CAUUUCCCACUCUCUCUCUCUCUCUCUCUCCGUCAGCAUAUUCAUUCAUUCACUGCUAAAUGACACCCACCAAUUAACCGCCCGAAAGCUCUCGAUUCCCCAAGUUCUUUCUGAAUCCAAUCUUCCCUUCGUCUUCUUCUGCCCACACUGUUUUCCUUCGAUUGUUCUUCAUUCCCCUGCUGCAGAGACAGCCACGCACUCUCACUGCCUCCCUCCGACUCCGAUUGCUUGCUGCUCAUAUAUACAUACCGGUGCCCGCUGUUUUUUUUUUCCUUGCAGGAAUUGGAGGAGAAAUCGUGGUAUCGUGUAUCGUCACGUUGCAGGGUGGUUUACUGGAAGGGACAUAAACGCGCAAAUCUUGCAACUUCACAGCCUGAUCUAUCAGAUAUGGCAAGUAUAGCCCAGUCGCAACCAGAUAAUGAACACGUGUCCCUUUCGGAGGAGGCGACAAAAACUUUCCAAACUCUCGUGCAACAAGAGAUGGAGAAUUUGCAGGCCUCAGAAGAGACAUUAAAGAUGCACAAGGAAGAAGAACAACUCAUGGCAGACUUCGUUUCAUUUAAAGUCAGGGGCGAUUCCAUCGAGGAAAUCAGCCCUGCAUCGUUUAGCGGGGUGAGCCAUCCUCCUGAGCCUCUCGAUAUAGACUCGAUGCUACCUAUCUGUCUGCCCAUCGGCCAGAACAUUGUGGAUGAAAAAUGUGCCGGAAAAAGAAGAACGCACAUUCGAUCUGCUGCCUCUUAUUCAUCACUGAACAAAGAAGUGAUUCCGAGGUCAGAUUUGGAAGAAAAAGAAUGCGCAUUCAACCCAUCAUUGCAUCCAACGUGCAAUGUAAGUUCACAUAGUACCAUCGUCAAUAGUAUUGUCACUGUGCCCAGCGCAGGCAGGAAUAACGAGAGCACGAAAGGGAGUGUUCGAUGGGAUUCUAUUGCGAGUAGCAUUAGCCGAGUCAGCGACAGCAGCACUUUCAGCGACGACAGUAAUUGGAGCACGGCUACAUGCGGCGCAAACAAGCCUCACAAGGGAAAUGAUCCUCACUUCCAGGCUAUACUCUCCGUCCUUGCUCGUGACGGUGUUCUAACCAUUACCCAUUUCAAGCUGCUGAAAAGACUCGGGUGCAGCGAUAUCGGAAGUGUUUAUCUUUCCGAGCUGAGCUCCACUGGGUGUUUCUUCGCAAUGAAAGUGACCGACAAGGCAGCGAAGAAAUUGGCUCACGCUAGGAUGGAAAGAGAGAUCUUGCAGCUUCUAGACCAUCCCUUCUUGCCGACACUGUAUGCGCAGUUUGAGACCGACCGAUACUUAUGGCUGGCUACGGAGUAUUGCCCCGGUGGAGACCUUCACAGCCUACGACAGCAGCAGCCUCACAAAUGCUUCUCGGAACACGCUGCUCGAUUUUACGCAGCCGAAGUCGUGCUGGCGCUCGAGUACCUUCACAUGGUAGGCGUCGUGUAUCGCGACUUGAAGCCGGAGAAUGUCCUGAUUCGCGAAGAUGGCCACAUUAUGCUAUCCGACUUCGACCUCUCGUUUAGAUGCGAAGUUUCGCCAUCGAUCAUAAGAACCACCUCGCCCGACUCUGAUUCUUCGAAACAGAGUCGAUGUUUCUUCUCCCGGAUUUUCGAAUCCCGGAGGAGUGGCACAUUGUCAGUGCCUCAGGUAAUUGCCGAGCCUACAUUGGCUCGGUCAACGUCGUUCGUCGGGACGCACGAAUACUUGGCGCCGGAGAUUAUCCGGGGCGGAGGGCACGGGAGCGGCGUGGACUGGUGGACGUUGGGGAUUUUCGUGCACGAGUUGCUGUACGGAAGAACGCCGUUCGAAGGGUGGGGCGGCGACAACCACCGUUUGACGGUGUACAAUGUGGUGGGGCAGGAGCUGAGAUUCCCAGAAUGGCCGGUGACGAGCUGCGCGAGCUAUGACCUGAUCGGGCGGCUGCUGGUGAAGGAGCCGCAGCGGCGGCUGGGAGCUGUAAGAGGAGCGGCUGAAAUAAAGCAGCACCCUUUCUUUGAAGGUGUUAAUUGGGCUCUGAUACGCUGCGCCGUCCCGCCGGAGGUGCCGAGAUCGCCGCCGCCGCUCGUUGGCGUCGGAGGUGCUGCAGGGGAAGGAGAUGAAGAUGUGGAGUCGUCGGGUGGAGGUAACGAUCUGGACUUUGACGACUACUUUUAAUACUUAAUUUUUAAUUAAUUAAAAAAAUUAAUUAAGUAAUGGUGUUGAGAUGGGAUGUAGAUAGAUAGGUACAGCCGUAUAGAGAUAGAUUAUUGAAGUUAUGAUUCUUUGGUGCAUACAUGAGCUGAGCAUGGAGAGUUAGGAGGCUGUCUUAAUUAGUUUUGGUGGG